AUCGAACAAACGUCAGACGAUAAGCUGCUCAAAAACAACAGAAAAUAUUAGACAGCUAAGAUAUAUAGAGAAUUACAAAAUAGUUGUGCUUUGACAAAGACACGAAAGAAGUCUAAAAAUAAUAAUUAAAAGAUUUUUAAUAGGGCUUAAGCCAAGACAAAGAAAGAAAAAAAAUAUUUUUUAAACAAAGUUUUAAAAUAAUUUACAACCAUUCAUAAUCUACGAAGAAAACGCCGAAGAAAGAAAAUUAAAAAAAUGAACUUACAUCUUUUAAUACUGGCCCUGCUGGUGUUCGCCUGUAAUUAUGGUUCUGAGGCCAGAGCCAUUGACGAUGUCGACAAUUCCAUAGAGGCGGGCGGCAGUGAUUCAUCCCAAUCAUCUGCAGCCGCCUCAUCAUCAUCUUCCCUGCAUCCUCGUACCCGUUUUGGCCAGGAUUGGAUUAAAUUUACCAAAACUCCUCCCGCAAAGAUUUUACAAAGUUUGGGUUCACCCGUUGAGAUUGCCUGCGAGGUGAUGGGCUCUCAAAUCCCCACCAUACAAUGGGUUGUGGGUCAUGUUCCCUUGUCAGAGAUCGAAACCAUUGAAUCCAAUGUAAUCUCUGAAUCGAGUGCCAGUGCCAUUGUUAAAGUACGCUCUGUGCAUGUCAUCGAUCAUAUGUUGAGUGAAGCACGCACCUACACUUGUGUAGGACGCACUGGAUCCAAAACCGUUUACGCCUCCACCAUCGUCUAUCCUCAGUCAGAUCUUAAGGAUCUCGUGCAAGUACGUGAAAAGCCCUUCAUGGGUCAUGUUAAGCCACGCAUUGUCUACAGCGAAAGAAUGCAUUUAGAUUUGGUCGGUUCCAAUGUUGUGUUGCCCUGCAAAGUUCAUGCCCGUCCCAGAGCCGAAGUAUUCUGGAUGAACGAUGAAGGUAAUUUGAUUGAACAAAAUCAGCGUUUCAAAUUGUUGCCCUCCGGAGAUUUGUUGAUAUCGGAUUUGAAAUGGGAAGAUAUGGGUGCCUAUAAAUGUAUAGCCCGCAAUGCUUUGGGCAAAGAUACAGCCGAUGCAUUUAUUUAUCCAGUACAGAAAGAAGACAAAUAAAUAAUUUAAAUUGGACCUUAUAAACCUUAACAGAUUGGACCCCCCCUACAACGGAAAUUGGACACAAACAAAUAUUUGCCCGGAAAUUGGAAAAGAAACACAACACUAAACUAAAUAAAUGAAAAAUAAUUAGAAAAAAAAUAGUUCCUGUUUAUUAACUAACUAACUAAAGAAUCUUUUUGAAAAAUAAAAAAAUACACUACGCAGUACUACCCUUAACAUACCUACAUAUAUAAAUACACUACAUUUUAAACAACAAAUUACUUCUAGACAGAUGCCGGCAAUCUCCUAGAAUGCCAACUACCAAACAAACUAUCGAAUAAUUUAUAUCUUAAAUCCCUUAGAUAUACAAACAAACAAACUAACUAAAA